CGUAUGCUUGGCAAAUGAAACUAAGCUGUUGAUUGGCCCCUCCAGACCCAGGCUUAUCAGGCUUAUCAACCCUUGUGUGUUCACUUGUCCAGAGAAGUGGAAUCUGGGGCAACUUAUAUCAUUAACUACAGAGCCCAUGUCAGCCAGGAGCAGAGCUACACCAGGUAGUCAUGUAAUGACUCAGGAGCACUCAGAUGCCGACAGCCAUCUAAAGGAACAGCCUGACAUCUGUCAGCCGGAACCUAGAGCCAUGGCCUGCGCAGCAACUGUUACAGAUAUAAAAGGACUAGCUCACACACAUGUUCCUGAGCUUUCCAGAAGGCAUCCAUUAAUACCCAAGCUUUAUGUGAUGCCAUGGAAACAUGAUAUGGUCAACAGGAAGCUGAUAUUAAAGCAUGCAGGUCUGGCCGGGGUGUAUAAAGGUCCCCAUGAAGAUACUCUAUUUCUGGAAAACAAAGAGAGGCUGUGUCAUGGAGAGGAGAGCAACAUUGUCACACAGAAAAUGAAACUCCCAUCACAAAAACAGAUCACAAAUUUUCCAUCAUACUCUCCUCUGUCCAAGUAUCAAGGAUACCUAAUCAAGCAGAAAAGCAGACAGCACUGCAUUGCUCAAAAUGCACCCAGCAGUAGUUUGACCACUGAACAGUCUAGAAGCACAUGAUGGAUUAACAAUAUUUAAUCCUAUUAGUAAAUGAACCAUGCAAAUACAUGCUAAUAACACUGAGCAUGCUCUAGGGUGAAUAAAGUAUAGCUGUGUGAACCUAAAAA